ACAAAAUACACUAUAUAUUGUGCGGUUACGUUCUUAUCAGUAUUAAUUGUUCGUUCGUAUCAAUUAGACGAGUGGAAGUUGAUAACAGUGCUACUUGCUUUGUCAUUGUCAUUGUUUAUUUUGGUCCUGUUUUCGAGUGAUUUUUUGAGGAAAAGAACCAAUCAUGCCGUGCUGCAAAGUAUCAGUCAAGAAAACCCUGGUCUGCUCCAUGAGCGAGUGCAUCUGCAUCCCAACGGAAGGCAAACAAUACGUCUGCCUGAGCAAAGAUGUUGACGGCAAUAUCGUACCCUGCUUCGACUGCAAGGCCGUCGUAAUGGAAGGUGACGAAUUCAAAUGUGUCGACGAAUCCUGCAUCUGUCUCCCUACUAAUGGAAAGAACUGCCUCUGUGUCUGUAAGGAUGAAGAUGAUACGAUCAAGUCUUGUGACGACUGCCCUUGCAUCAACGCUGAAGAAUGUAAGGAAACUUUCAAGAGAUGCAACAAGCCUGGAUGCGUCUGUCUCCCAACUGACGGAAAGGCUUGCAUCUGUGUUUGCAAGAAGAAUGGAAAGAUUGUCCUUUGUGAGUGCAAUGGGGCGGGAACUUGUGUCAAUUCUACUUGCGUCUGCGUUUCUACUGAAGGAGCCAACUGUAUCUGUGUUUGCUGCGACGUAAAAGGCAAUAUAAAGGUCUGUAAAGACUGUACUUGUGAGGGCAAGAAGAAGGAUUCCCUGGUUUGCAACAAAGAGGGCUGUGUCUGCAUUAUAACGGAUGGGAAGUCCACCAUUUGUGUCUGCAAGAAUGAUGCAGGCAAAAUUGUGUGUUGUGAUGAAUGUGUGUGUGAAUCUGGCAAUUGUGAUAAGCCAGGGUGUGUAUGCGUUCCAACUAAUGGAGCCAAGUGUGUCUGCGUCUGUUGUGACGAGAAAGGCUCCAUUAAAAUCUGCAAGGAUUGUACUUGCGAUGCUAAUAAGUCUGCUACCCCAAAAUGCAGCAAGGCUGAAUGCGUUUGCAUUCUGACUGACGGUAAGUCUUGCAUCUGUGUUUUCAAGAAUAAGGAAGGCAAGAUUGUCCGUUGUGAUGACUGCAAGUGUGAUGAUGCUGGUAAAUGUGAUAAGGCUGGAUGUAUUUGUAUUUCAACUGAAGGAGCUAAGUGUGUUUGCGUCUGCUGUGAUGAGAAAGGCUGCAUUAAAGUCUGCAAGGAUUGUACUUGCGAUGCCAAUAACUCUGGAGCACCGAAAUGUAGCAAGGCCGAAUGCGUCUGCAUUCUAACUGACGGCAAAUCUUGCAUUUGCGUCUGCAAGAAUAAGGAUGGCAAGAUUGUCCGUUGUGAUGACUGCAAGUGUGAUGAUUGUGGCAAAUGUGGAAAGCCAGGAUGUGUUUGCAUCCCCACUGAUGGAGCCAAAUGUGUCUGCGUUUGCUGUGAUGAGAAAGGUGCCAUCAAAAUCUGCAAGGAUUGUACUUGUGAUGCCAAUAAAUCUGAAGCCCCUAAAUGUAGCAAGGCUGAAUGUGUGUGCAUUCUAACUGAUGGUAAGUCCUGUAUCUGUGUCUGCAAGAAUGUUGACGGCAAGAUUGUCCGUUGUGAUGACUGCAAGUGUGAUGAUUCUGGUAAAUGCGACAAGGCUGGAUGUGUUUGCAUUAAAACUGAUGGAGCUAAGUGUGUUUGUGUAUGCUGUGAUGAGAAAGGCUCCAUUAAAGUCUGCAAGGACUGCACUUGCGAUACCAAGAAGUCUGAAGCCGCAAAAUGCAGCAAAGCUGAAUGCGUAUGCAUUCAAACUGACGGUAAGUCUUGCAUCUGUCUUUGCAAGAAUAAGAAAGGCAAGAUUGUGCGUUGUGAUGGUUGCAAGUGUGAUGAAUCUGGCAAAUGUGACAAACCUGGAUGUGUUUGCAUCCCCACUGAUGGGGCCAAGUGUGUAUGUGUAUGCUGUGACGAGAAAGGCUCCAUUAAAGUCUGCAAGGACUGUACUUGCAAUGCCAAUAAGUCCGAAGCCCCGAAAUGUAGCAAGGCUGAAUGUGUGUGCAUUCUAACUGAUGGGAAAUCUUGCAUCUGCAUUUGCAAGAAUGACCAAGGCAAGAUUGUCCGUUGUGACGGCUGCAAGUGUGAUGAUUCUGGCAAGUGUGACAAGGUUGGAUGUGUUUGCAUCCCUACUGAUGGAGCCAAAUGUGUUUGUGUAUGCUGUGAUGAGAAGGGCUCCAUCAAAGUCUGCAAGGACUGUACUUGCGAUGUCAAUAACUCUAAAGCUCCGAAAUGUAGCAAGGCUAAUUGCAUUUGCAUUUUGACUGAUGGUAAGUCUUGUAUCUGUGUUUGCAAGAAUAAGGAAGGCAAGAUUGUCCGUUGUAACGAUUGCAAGUGUGAUGAUUCUGGCAAAUGUGACAAGGUUGGAUGUGUAUGCAUCCCUACUGAUGGAGCCAAGUGUGUUUGCGUCUGCUGUGACGAGAAAGGCUCCAUCAAAGUCUGCAAGGAUUGUACUUGCGAUGCCAAUAAGUCUGAGGCACCGAAAUGCAGCAAGGCUGAAUGCGUUUGCAUUUUGACAGAUGGUAAGUCUUGCAUUUGUGUCUGCAAGAAUAAGGAAGGCGAGAUUGUCCGUUGUGAUGACUGCAAGUGUGAUGAAUCUGGCAAAUGUGACAAGGCUGGAUGUGUUUGCAUUAAAACUGAUGGAGCUAAGUGUGUCUGCGUCUGCUGUGAUGAGAAUGGCUCCAUUAAAGUCUGCAAGGACUGUACUUGCGAUGUCAAUAACUCUAAAGCUCCAAAAUGUAGCAAGGCUAAUUGCAUUUGCAUUUUGACUGACGGUAAGUCUUGCAUCUGUGUCUGCAAGAAUAAGGAAGGCAAAAUUAUCAAAUUGUAUAGUUGUGAUGACUGCAAGUGUGAUGAUGCUAGCAAAUGUGACAAGCCUGGGUGUGUUUGCAUCCCCACUGAUGGGGCCAAGUGUGUUUGUGUCUGCUGUGAUGAGAAAGGCUCCAUCAAAGUCUGCAAGGAUUGUACUUGCGAUGCCAAUAAGUCUGAGGCACCGAAAUGCAGCAAGGCUGAAUGCGUUUGCAUUUUGACUGAUGGCAAGUCUUGCAUCUGCGUUUGCAAGAAUGAUGCAGGCAAGAUUGUCCGUUGUAAUGACUGCAAGUGUGAUGAUUCUGGUAAAUGUGACAAACCAGGAUGUGUUUGCAUCCCCACUGAUGGGGCCAAGUGUGUUUGUGUCUGCUGUGGUGAGAAGGGCUCCAUUAAAGUCUGCAACGAUUGCACUUGCGAGGCCAAAGAGUCUACUGGAACAUGCAGCAAAGUUGUAACUGAUUCUAAGAAAUGCUGUGCCUAAAUUCUAUAAGCUUUGUAUGCUACGUACUGUACUCCUAUAUUAUAUACCAAUGUGUAAUCAUUUAGAAUAGAAAUGUUUAAUCAAUUUUUUUUAUCACUAUAAUCUUUUUAAUCACAUGUUUAUUGUUGUUAUGGGCUUAUGUUUAUUCUAUUCAAAUGGGUUUUAAUGAUAAUCAAUAGAUAAGUAUGACUAUAUGAUGUUUUUGGAUUAUUUUUAUUCGGUUUUGGUGUAUUUACUUCUUAUAUUGCUUUGAAAUGUAUUGUGUUUAUUGGAAAUAAAUAAUAAAAAGUA